AUGUCAGCGCAGGAAAGGGCGUAUUCCCCCGAUGAGGACUGGACCGGUGUCACGAAUCCGGCUGCGCGGCGCAGACUACAGAAUCGGCUGAACCAGAGAGCCUACCACCCGACCCAAACUGACCAAGUUCGAUUAUGCCGGAUCGCAGGGCUACGCCGACAAGGCCGGGACAAACGAGCUGUGCAGGCGAACAGUGCCCAGCCUGAGUCCGCGGGGCAUGGCCCGACUACCGCAAAAGCGCUGGCACAACAUGACUCUAUUACAUGCGCAUUAUCUGAGGUGCAACAUUUGGAGUGUACCUUUGCCCCUCCAAACGUACAUGCACUUAUGACCCAGUUCGAGAGGGCAGCCAUGGCACGCUAUGUCGAGGGUUCACCCAGAACAGACCUUCUCCUCAAUUUGAGCAGGCUAAAUGUUCUACGCGCAGCUUACCAGAACGUCAUCGCAAUUGGCAUGACUGCGGAAUGGAUGUGUCAGGAUAGUACAAUCUCUAUUUUUAGUUUGGCCAGUCCACAACGUUGUGAGGAUAACAUUCCUCCAAGCUUACAACCAACGCCAUUGCAGCGAACCGUACCGCACCACCCAUGGCUUGAUAUUUUCCCAAUUCCACAUAUGCGGGAUAACCUCAUCCGUGCCGGGAGCGAUUUAGAUGAUGAUGAGUUGUGCCAUGAUCUCACGGCAUUCUGGGAUACACGCAGUAGCAACGCCACAAUGCUGGUAUGGGGAACCCCUUGGGACCCUGAGAAUUGGGAGGUCACGGAGGAUUUUGCCAAGAAGUGGGCCUUUUUUCUUCGAGGGUGUCCCGAGAUUCUUCUUUCGACAAAUAAAUGGAGAGCCCGGAGGAGUGAAAAACCCCUUGUUUGGAAGAAGAAAGCGGUCAUCAUUACUUCGCCCAAGCAUUCGCAGGUAGUGGGCGAUAGAGCCAUUCCGAGGCUGCGUGACGAUUGCAUUUUAGUGAAGACCGUCAGCGUCGCACUGAAUCCUACCGACUGGAAACACAUUGACUUCCUCGCUCCGGCUGGUGUCCUGAUUGGGUGUGAUUAUGCCGGGAUUGUGGAAGCAGUCGGCAAAAACGUCAAGAAAUCAUUCACUAAAGGAGACCGGAUCUGUGGGUUUGUACACGGGUCUAAUGCCGUUCAACCCGAGGAUGGAGCCUUUGCCGAGUAUAUCAUCGUCGAAGGAGACCUUCAAUACAGAAUACCUCAAGGCAUGGGAUUUGAAGAGGCGGCGACUUUAGGUCUUGGAGUUACCACCGCCGCUCUUGGCCUUUAUCAAAGUCUCAAGCUUACUCUUCCCGUCGCUCAUAUCCGGAGCAAAAUGCCCAUCUUGGUAUACGGGGGCUCCACGGCUACUGGAGCUUUAGCGAUUCAGUUUGCGAAGUUAUCAGGUUAUGAAGUUUUGACAACCUGCUCCCCUCGCCAUUUCGACCAGGUCAAGAAUCUGGGUGCCGACGCUGUUUUCGAUUACAACGAUCCAACCUCCGCCAGGGCGAUUAGAGAGCAAACGAACGACAGUCUUACGUUAGCUUUUGAUACGGUAUCGGUGGAGAGCAGUGCCACGUUCUGUGAUCAUGCGCUAUCGACCAAGGGCGGCGAGUACAGCUCACUCCUGCCAAUAAAGACUGCUCGUGACAAUAUUCGAGACCGAUCCACUAUGGCCUAUACGGCGUUUGGUCGGAGUUUCAAAUUUGGGCCAAGAGAGGUUCCUGCUCAACCAGGCGACCGGGCGUUUAUGGAACAAUUCUCUGGCAUUUUCCAAGACUUGCUGACCAGUGGCAAGAUUAAGACACAUCCUCCUAGGAUUGGUAAUGCCGGGCUAAAUGGUAUCUUAGAUGGACUUCAGCUAUUAAGGGACGGUAAGGUUCGUGGAGAGAAGCUUGUUUAUAAUAUCGGAGAUACUCAUUGA